UGUUGCGGCCUCGUAACAAGGAAACAAGGGCUUGCCAAAGAAAUAUUGCAGGCCACCACAAAAGGAAGGAGAAGAAGAGGAAGACAAAGAAAAAGAUGGGAGGAGAACAUCAAAAAGAGUGGACAGGACUAGCACUGUUCGAUGCUGUGCAUUGUGCAGAAGACAGAGACGAUAUGAGGAGGAUAAUUCGCAUGUCACCUGUGUCGCUACAACGGUCCAAGGACUAAGGGGCAUGAUGAUGCUGAUGAUGAUGAUGAGGUAAGAUGUGAUACGGCUCAUUGAUCACAAGCUAUUGGCAAUUUGAUGUGGUUUUAAAAUUAUAUAUUUUUUAAUUUUGUAAAUAAAAGUGACGCAAUGACACCACAUUAAUCUAUAAAAAAUCAAAACAAUGUGCGCAUAUCGAAUUUACGUUAAAAAAUUAUACAUUUUUGAAAGGGUGCUCAUUUUGCUAAAAAAAUUGCUUUCAUUUUUUUUUCAUUUAAUCAAGUUUUCACGAAGCUACAAUUUUUUAGAAAUUAUAACACUUAUUUUAACUUCCCCCCAAAUUAUAUCUCUUAGCCUGUUUAUAAAUAUUAGAGAGCUUUAAAGGUUUCGGUUUAAAAAUAAAUGGCAUAGACAUAAUAUGCACAAAAUAAAGAAGGCGAAAAACUAAAAUUAGAGUAUGUAACAAAAAUCAUUUUUAAAAAAUCAAUCAUUCAUAAAAAAAACAACUAAUUGUUUGCUUAAAAUUAUAUAGUAUAUAUAUAUGAAGCAACUACUUUCAACUCUUUAAUAUAUAUUUUUGUUAUUUUUUAUCCAGAAAAAAAUAUAUAAUUUUAUUUAAAUGUAUGUGUAUAUCGCAACUAUGGUUACCUAAAUAACAAAGUGUACCGGAAAUUUCCGUUAUUAUGAAAUAAAAACAUAAUUUUUCGUAGGAAUAUUUAACGCAACAAAUUCAAAUUCUUGAGUAUUUCAAUUGUUUGUAUGUAUUAUUUUAAUGAAAAUUGUUAACAGUACACUUAUGUGAAGCUCUGUAUUCAAAUAAACCGUAAAUAAAUAUAUGUUAUACACAUUUUUUACCUUACUUGAACUUAACAAUACGUACUUUAGUUUCGAAGAGUCCAGUCACAGACACAAUCAAAGCCAUAGUAAAAUAUUUAUUUGAACGUACUAUCUAAUGCACUCUACGCAGAAUUUAAUAUUUAAGCUUCUGGUAAAUUCAGUUUCACUUUUUAUUUUAUUUACUUACAACAGCAGACUGCCAGUCGGUACCACUAAAACAGCAGAACACUGAUUAAAACUAACGGUAAUAAAAAGCUAAUAAUCUAUUACUAUUAGUAUUUUGCAAACGUAAUAUAGGAUGACAUUCCUACUGUUUACAUUAAUGUUGUUUAAAAAAUUAAAUAAUACAAUAAAAAAAUUGGCUCUCAAAACAUUAAAAUUGUUAACUAUUAAAAAAAAAACAUAUGAACUAUUUGACAUAUUGAAUAUUAAGUAAGCUUAACUUUUUUAUCUCAUUUAGAUUUAUUUUUAAAUAAUUAAGAAAUGUCUUUAAAGUUUUAUGUUAAAUAACAUAAAUAUAGUUGGUAUUAAAUUUUGAAAAUAUAAUUCUGAUUCAAUUUAGAUCUAAUUAUUUCAGCAUUGUAUUAAAUACCUUUAAAAAAUUUAAUGGAAAAUUUAACAGAAUUUACAUAGCAUGGCAAACAAAAUUCAGGAUGACAACCGAUAUCUUAGGAUUAUCAAGCAACAGCUGGAAACACUUAGGGAAGAGAGCAAACAUCUACAUCAAGAGGUGGACACUUAUUUUAAGCAAGUAAGUAUAUUUUAUUUGUCUAGUUAUGUACAGUGCAAAAUAUUUUUUUUCAAACUCCUUACAGUUACAGCUUAGCCUCUUUAAAUCAUACUUCAUUCUACUCACAGCAACAUUGGAAUAUUUGUUGAAUUACAGCACUAACAAUAGUUGAGACUAAAUAAGAAGGCUGAACAUGAAUGCGUUUUCUUAGCUUCAACGUAAUAGAAACUAUGACAGUCUUUGUUUUGCAUUUUUAGCGAUAGUUGACUGAUGUUUACAAAAGAUUUCAUUUUAUUUUAAAAUUAGCUUUGAUUUCUAAAACAAAAAAAAAGAAACAAAAACUACCAUUUUUUAAAAAAAAAUCCAUUUUUAUUUGACAGGUGGAAAAUGAAGUGCAACAAUGGGAAAUUAAACCAAGAAGCUCACUGGCCAGCUUUGAGAAAAUUAAUAAAACUAUCCAACAGGCCAUCGCACAUGUUGUGUCAAAUGCCUUACACUUUACAGGUUCACUUUCAAAAUAUGCAGUAAUUCUUGGAUAAAUAUGUGCUAACUUUAAAUGUAAAAUAAAUAAUAUCCAUUUUCAGUUCUAAACAUUUGAAUGUUUUUGGAAUUAAUAUUUGAUAGUUAUAUAUAUCUUUAAAUGUUAAUAUUUGUUGGUGUUUUUAAUUUAUAUGGACUCAUACAAUUUUAAACUUAAGCGUCUGCCAUACACAUUUAUGGUUUGAAAAAAAAAAUUUAUGAUGAUUUGUGAAAAAAAACUCUUCAAUUUUAUUUAUUGACCAAUGAUUCAGUUUACAUCUCAUAUAUGUAGGUUGUUGUGUUUCAAUAUAUUUGGUCUAAACGUCCAUAAAAUACAUAUUCACACCUGCACAUUGUAUUAACUAAAUAAAUACAAUGUCUUAAGUACUUAUCAAUCAAUAUUUGUCAACAUUAAAGGUGAAGAUGAUGAAAAUGAUGCGACUAUCACCACUAUACAACAGGAAAAAACAAGAAUUAAGACGAACGAAUGCAUUGACCAGGCAGGCUUACAAGAACAAAGUGGUGUUUAAGAUAGUCUAGAAACUACUGAAAUUAUCUAAAUUAUCUUUCUUUUUUUUUUAUCAAAUGUUAUUUAAAUUUAAGUUAAACAUUUUUAAGUAUACUUUUUUUUUUCAAACGUUCAGAUAAGCAAAAUAUUUUUUUUCUUCUGUUUUUGAGUCCGUAUACUGUAAGAAAUAAUGAUACUAUAUUUGUAAAUAAAAUUAUUGCUCUCAUAAAAUCACAUUUAUCUAAAAAUAAUAUAAAUUACAUUUACCCCAUUAAUUCUAAAAAAAAAACAUAUCCACAGUGGUUGAUGUAUAUCCCAAAAUGGAUUUAUAUUAAGGCCUAUGCAUGAUUUUCUAUGUGUAUUAAAUUAAUACAUUGGGAUAGCGUUUAAAUAAAUGAUGUUAUUCUUCUAGGAUGCUAAAUCACUGCUAGGCAAAAUUUAUUAUACUCUUUUAUUUCUUUGACUUUUUUUGAACAUUUUAGCCAAACAUUGUUGUAAAAUAUUCCCUAAAGUAAACAAAUUGUACGUCUUAAAGUUUUAAAUAUAACCGCAUGCACCAAAAGCUCAUUAUCUACUUACCUCUGUAUUUUGUGUAGGUUUUUGUAAUUGUUUAUUUUAUUUCGAAAUGAUUUGAUAGUGCUAUAUUGAAAAUGUAAUUAAUAACUUAAUUUUUAUUUUGAUUUGAACAUUUCUUUUUAGAUUCAAAAGACUCUAAGAGUGUUACAAUCAAAAUCUCAUUGCUAGAAGAAGCAUUCCUUUCUCUGAAAAGAACAACCCAAGAUAUUCAAUUAAAACAAGAGAAUGAUGACAUAAAGUUAAAAGACUUCUCAACUCAACACGAAGCUUUAAACAAAAGACUGGAUAUUGUCGAAGAAAAAAUGUUAAAUUUAAAAAGAGAUUCAGAAAAUAACAUAAAUGAGCAGUCAGAAAAAAUCACUGCUAUUUCAACAUCUCUUCAACGUUAUAUUAAUGUGCAGUCAGAUAGAAUAACUGCUAUUUCAACAUCUAUUCAACAUAGCAACAAAGAGCAGUCAGAUAAAAUCACUGCUAUUUCAACAUCUAUUCAACACAACAUCAACGAGCAGUCAGAUAAAAUAAUUGCUAUUUCAACGUAUCUUCAACAAUUGGAGAAGAAAGGCAAUGUCAGACUGGAUACACUUGAAAAUCAAAUGAAAACAUUCAUUGCGUCAACAGAUGUCACAACAACACACAUCAGCUCGAUCAGAUUGUGUGCCAAUGAUGCUGUCAGGUCUAUUCAAGGCUUAUCUUACAGAACUCAAAUUUUAGAACAGAAAAAUCUAAAUGUUUGCGAAGAGAUGAAGAAAUUGAAAGAUUCUCUCAAUAUUUUAUCAGCAGAUCAGACAAUAAAAGUAGCUGAAAGAAAUAUGAUAGAAAAGGUAAAACAAUAUAACAUAAUCCCCGUAAGAAUGAAUUAUUUUUCACCCUUGAAAUUUUAAAGAAAAUUUUGAAAAAAUAUGACAAUAUGAAUAAAAUGUAUCUUUAUUAAUUGUCUCCUUUAGAAAACUUCUCUCACAAUAGUAGGUCACCAACAAAGCUACUUUAAAUAAAUCCAUAAAGAUUGUUUCGUGAUUGUUAAUUCAGUGUAUUUUAAUUUGUUCACAUUUCCACAUCAAGAAAACACAUCUUACAAACAUUUAAGAAUGUUUUAUUUUUCAUAUAUAUAUAUACUUGUGGGUGUAUUUUAAAAUGAUAGUAAAUCAAAUAAAUUUAUUAUUCACAAUAUAAGUUGAGUUCAAUCAAAAUAAACUCAUGAAUUUGAAAUUUUAAUAUACUAAUGCAUUGAUCCCUUUUAAAAAUAUGUUUGUAGUUACCAACAUAAAAGUAUCGGAAUAAGUUGUCUAUUAUAUAUACUGUAAUUACACACCUCUGAAUAAAGUAUAAAGAGACAAACUAAAGGCAAGUGUGAGUCUUUUUUUAAGUUAUAAUGUAUGCUUUAAGGUAUUUGUAUAUAUUAAAAUCUGUUGAACUAUAAACAUACUCUUUGUUUAAUAGGACUUUUUAAUGUAUCAACAUUUAUUUCCCAAUCUUUUUUGGCCGAGUCAAAAUUAUCGUCACUUUACUUUUGCCUUUUUAUUUAUUGUUAUUGUAUUUUUAAUUGAUAGAUAAUGGCCCUUCAAUCUGAAGUCAACAAAUGCAAGAAAAUAAUGACACAGAUUCGUAAGUUUAAUUUUAUUUCACGAAGCAAAUUUACAUACAUAAGCUUAUUAGAUGAUAGUUUUUGCAGCUAAUAUCAUCCAUUCUCCCCUUUCCAAUUGAAGGGUUCAAUGGCAUUUCAUUGUCAAAUGAUCAUUAUGUAUCAACUAAACAACAUAGAUAAAUGGGUCUGCAGACCUUCUGCCUGGACCCAAUUAAUUAGUAUUUCUUAGCAGUCUCGCCAUGAUAUUAUUCAAGUCAGGGAUUAACAAAAUGAUUUAGUUCAAAUGUCUGCAAUUAUUUAGUUUGAGAAAGAAAUUAUCCGGUUAGACGUUAUGGGGAGCAUUAUAAUACAAAUGAUUAUCUCAAUUAUUUAUUAUUACUAACACUUUGUUUAUUCCAUUAUUCCAUAACAAAGAAACACAUGCACAACUAUCUACUGUAGGAUUCUACGCGUGGACACAGUUUGAUCCAACACCAGACAAAGGCAUUGUGAAUAGAUUUACAACUGGGCAACAUAACGAUACCUUACAUUUUAGUCUGGAUGAUGGAAUUUUCACAGCUCCACAAAAUGGACUGUACCUUAUAAGUAUAACCGUGAAAGGCGAAGUUAAUAACUCGUACAGUAUUAACUGCUACCGGCAGAUUGUUCAACCUGGUGCAUCUGAUAAUAGUUACAUUAAUGUUUGUUCUAUCAUUGGCAACCACACGAUUACAACAUGUACAACAAUGACAAAUGGUGAACAGCUUUACUUAGAAGGGAAUGGAAAACCUUCUGAUUGUUCCAUGUCAAUUUUCUUUACGUGCUAUCUCAUUAAAGAAUCUACUCUCUAUUGUUAAAAAAAUGGAAUUAGUUUCAUAUGAAAAUGAUUGAGCAGGAUUAUUUUUUUUUUAAUUAUAAAAAAAUUUACGCGUAAAAUCUUUAUCAGAAAUAAAAUAAAUAAUUACAAAGAGAAAUAAUUGGUGUUCAAGUUAAACCCUGUCAAGUGUGUGCCCCGAACUUAAUAAUUUUUUUCUAGUAGCUACAACGCAACGAAAACAUAUUUUAUACUAAAGUUUCUCUACACAUAAUUUUAGAAAUUGGUAAUUUAUGUUACAUUUUCAUGACUUUAACGUAUAUUUUAAAAAAAAAAUAACAAUAUUAAUAUGUUUUUAACAAAAUGUUAUCACCUAUAAAUAAUUGUGUAUAAAUGAACAGAAUGUUAUCAACUAUGACCCAUUUUGAAUAAAUAAACACAAAAUAAAUUCAACAGAAUUUUUUUUUUUGCAAUGAGAAUUUCCUAUGUCCAUUUAUUUUAUUUUUUAAAAAAAUCGAUUGAAAAAAACUUAUGAUUUACUUUCGUUUGCAGUGCCAUAUAAUAGUUCAUCAUCUUCUUUAAUCAGAUAAUAUUUAGCUCGAGUGGCAUGAGUCAUUAUGAUAUUUUAGAAAUUGGGCAAACAAAUUCAUACCUGUCGUUAUUUUGUAUUCCUUUGAAAGAGAUUCUCACACAUCUUCCUUGAGUUACACUAUUACAAAAUACAAAAUAAAAUAUAGUGAUUAAUAUCAGGCUUAAACUCUAGACAGGCCGGUAUUAUCGCAGAUAACAACGUAAGCAUGUACAACACCAUGUUAUGCAUUGGGCCAGUGUGUCUCAUUAAGCGUGUAAUCAUUUACAAUGUCAUGUUAUGCAUUGGGCAAGUGUGUCUCAUUAAACGUGUAAUCAUUUACAAUGUCAUGUUAUGCAUUGGGCAAGUGUGUCUCAUUAAACGUGUAAUCAUUUACAAUGUCAUGUUAUGCAUUGGGAAAGUAUUUCUCAUUAAACGUUUAAUCAUUUACAAU